AGGGAGGGGGCGCGUUUCCCAGCAUGCAUCUCGAGUCGAUUCAGUGUGCGGAGGAAAAUUAAUUCGGCCAUGUCGUGCUAAAUCCAGGCUGAAAGAAAACGACACCGAAUUACCGAAAAGCAGCCUUCAGUCCGAUAAAACCGUACGCAAAGAAGACCAGAGGAGCCGAGCAGCCGAGCAGCCGCACGGGGGAAAGAUGAGCGGAGGGACGCCUUAUAUCGGCAGCAAGAUCAGUCUGAUCUCAAAGGCCGAGAUCCGAUAUGAGGGAGUUUUAUACACGAUCGACACCGAGAACAGCACUGUAGCUCUGGCUAAAGUGAAGUCCUUUGGCACUGAGGAUCGUCCCACGGACAGACCGAUCCCUCCUCGAGAUGAUGUCUUUGAGUACAUCAUAUUCAGAGGAAGUGACAUCAAAGACCUGACGGUGUGCGAGCCGCCCAAACCCACCUGCAACCUUCCUCAGGAUCCCGCCAUCGUGCAGUCCUCUCUGGCAUCCACAGCCGGUCCCACGGCUCCGUCCUUUCAGUCGUACGCCCCCUUCAGUCGGGCCCCGUACAGCCCGAUGGUACCCCAGCCGUUCGGAGCGGCGGUCACGGCUGGAAGCAGCUCAGGUCCUGCGUUCGGUAGCGAGGCGAGCACUACUGCCCCUCUGUCCCAGAGCUCUGCUCUUCCCCCGCAGUCUCGCUCGCUGAGUGCUACCAAACCCGAAGGUCGUUCAAGCCCAUCUCUGGAGCCCUUGAGGAAGACCUCGACCCUGGAGCAUGCGGUCCAGACGGCCCCAGUCACCCUCUCUGUGGCUGCAACCAGUACAGUGGGUCAGAGGAGCCCUGGAACGGCCCGACCCGCUCUCAGCACCCAGAAAUCUGCUGAAAACCAGGAACAAAAAGCUACAGCGUCUGAUGUUCAGAGGGUUCCUCGGCCAGAAUCGGACUCAAACAGGCCUGAUAACAAAGACCCAAACAAACGGCAUUCUGGUGGUGGCGCUCCUCCAGUGAGAAAGGGGCGGGGCAGUGGUGGUGGUGGAGGCGGCGGUCAGCGUGGGCGGGGCAGGUUUAACGGGCGUAGAGAUGGGCCAAUGAAAUUUGAGAAAGACUUUGACUUUGAGAGUGCCAACGCACAGUUCAAUAAGGAAGAGAUUGACCGCGAGUUCCAAAACAAACUCAAGAUUAAAGAUGAGAAGAGUGAGAAAUCAGAGAAGACUCUGAACGGGGAGGAGAAGACCGAUUUAGGUGUGGAGACCCAGAACAGUGAAAGCAACGCUGAUGAGGAGGAUCCACUGGGACCCAACUGUUACUACGACAAAUCCAAGUCCUUCUUCGACAACAUCUCCUGUGACGACUCCAGAAAGGAGAAAUCUGGAGGUGCUUUUGGAAGGGAACGGAGGCAGACCUGGGCAGAGGAGAGGAGGAUGAACGCCGAGACGUUCGGUAUUCCGCUGCGUCACAAUCGUGGACGCGGUGGUUUCCGCGGCAGAGGUGGCGGCAUGGGCUUCCGUGGCGGUCGCGGGCGUGCGGUUAGCAGGGGCUCGUUCAUGCCCUCCCGCGGGGGUGGAGGCGGAUUCAGGGGCGGGUUUAGAGGCGGCAGAGGAGGACGAGAGUUCUCUGACUUUGAGUACAGGAAGGAGAACAAAGUGGCGGCGUAGUCCAACCUGAAGACCAGAUCAUCCCAACAGCCAAGAAUCUCCGAUCAUCUCGUCUAGAUUAACGCUUUGGUUUUGACUCCUGACUAACGGGAACUGCCUCUCUCUGUUUAACACCAGCGCAGGCGACGCCUGCCUUCAGCUGGACACGCAGCUUUGAGUUUAUUUUCUCCUUCCUUUUUUAGAAAAAGAAAAAAAAACAUUUGCUGUUUUUUGGAAACGUUCGAUCUGCAUUCGAUACGUUCGGACGGGAGAAUUUGUGUAAUAAAUGCCGUAAAACUUCCGUGGAAUGAUGAUGAUUACUAUUAUUAUCUGGUAUUUUUGCAUCAACCUUUAGUUCCUUGAUUGAUAAUAUUCAGUUAGGUGUACAGACCCCGCUGAUACUGUGAGCGCUCCUCAGUCAUAUAGCUUUAUUAUGCCAAGGUUUUUGUUUUUUUUUGGAUCUGUUCUCUAAUGUCUUUUGAAGCACCAAAACCCAGUCUAGAGGCUGCGGGGUUUGAGUCGGCCCGCUGGAUUCACGUCUGUGCUGGUUUGGUGCUCAUCCGUCUGGUAAAUGUAGGUGCUUUUGCUUCAUUUAAUAGUUUGACAUGGUUUGUAGUACUAGUACAUUUUUUUAGUUCAUUAGUUUAUUUCAUCCCCCAAAAGCUCUUUUUUUUGCGGAUAGUCUGGUCGAGCCUCAGCGGGUCACAAAAACACCCUGGUUUAUGAUUGAAUGUAUUGAUGAAUUCAACAUUUGUUUUUGUCUUGAAGUCCUCUCUCUGCCACUCUAAACAGGAAGUUUGUUUCACCUUGCUGUUCUUCUCUUUAAAAUGUAUUUUGAUAUUUGAGUACCAGUUAUUCUUGCCUUUUGAUGUCAAUUAUGUAAAUUUAACUAAGAGGGCUUUUUGAUAUAAACUUGACAAACCCCGAACGACGAGCCCCAUCACUGUUUAAUGCCAAGAUCUUCUGGAAAGAUCCUGAAACCCUUUAAGAACCAGAUUGGAUGUCGAAAUUGUGUUCAUGUGCACUUUAAAGACAAACGACGCCUGUGUAGCGAGUCACACAUGAUGUGCGGGCUAAAUUUGAUGUCAUUUUAUAAAGCUCAUAUACCAGAAAGUGACUUGGUUGAAUUGUGCAAGGAGGUUUUUCACAAUGUACAGUAUUUCAGUAUAGAUUCAAAAGGACUGAUGCAUCGCGUAGCUCUGUAAAAACAUUUGACGUCACAUUAGAGGCUCAGUCUAAACGGGAGGCGAGUUUCACCUGAAUUAAGUGUCCAUGAACCCCUCUAUUGUGAAUAGUUCUGUUUCCUGUUUGAUCCACUUGUAUGUUAACGUGUUGUUUCAGGUACCAGCCAUCUAUUGCUCUGUUACUGGAGUGAAGUUUGAUCCCGUCUCUCUCCUUUGAAUGUCACUGAAGCACUAGUUCCUGCACUGUUGGAUGGGAGUUAAUUAUUUUUCGCUGUGCGUCAUAUUUUUAAUUUGUGUUUCAAAGAUCCAAAGACUGAAUUACGGAUGGCAUUUGGAGGAGAAGUGCUCUCUCAGCUGGUUCUGCAUUAUUUUUCUCCGCGUUCGCCGUCUUGUCCGUUUCUUAGUUUUCAACUCUACUUGCAUUAACUAAACCGCUCCUUUCAAAAAGCACUACGAAUUGCAACACGCAGGCAGCUAGUGAAACACAGUCUGAGCUAUCACUCAGACCAGGGCAUGAUGGGAAACCUCUGAGUGAGUGGCAGAUAUCGGUGCUGAGCAGCUGAAUUUGGACUGGAGUGAGAUGUGAAAAUGAGUCCUCAAGCCUGAUGCCACGAUGAAGUCGAAGCGGACCUUGUGUGAGAUGUUAAACUGGACAGACGUGCAGAAUGUGUGGUGUAUUACAGGGUUGAUGUGAUUUUUUGGGUCAGAGCUCUGGAGGAAUUUGAUUGGCAAGUUUGUUUUUGUUUAGUUUUUCUGAAUUGGAGCAGUUGUACAUUGUAUGCUCUUAGGGGGCUUCAAACGGGGCAAACCGGUUUUUAUUCAACAAGAGAAAUAAAUAGUUGUUCAGUA